GGGACCCUGCCCUGUGAGGAAGCUCUGCAUGAGGACGGGGCCCUGCCGUGUGAGGAAGCUCUGCAUGAGGACGGGCCCUGCUGUGUGAGGAAGCUCUGCAUGAGGACGGGGGCCCUGCUGUGUGAGGAAGCUCUGCAUGAGGACAGGGUCCUGCCGUGUGAGGAAGCUCUGCAUGAGGACGGGGCCCUGCUGUGUGAGGAAGCUCUGCAUGAGGACGGGGUCCCUGCUGUGUGAGGAAGCUCUGCAUGAGGACAGGCCCUGCUGUGUGAGGAAGCUCUGCAUGAGGACGGGCCCUGCUGUGUGAGGAAGCUCUGCAUGAGGACGGGUCCUGCCGUGUGAGGAAGCUCUGCAUGAGGACGGGGCCCUGCUGUGUGAGGAAGCUCUGCAUGAGGACGGGUCCUGCCGUGUGAGGAAGCUCUGCAUGAGGACAGGGCCCUGCUGUGUGAGGAAGCUCUGCAUGAGGACGGGGUCCCUGCCGUGAGAGGAAGCUCUGCAUGAGGACGGGGCCUGCUGUGUGAGGAAGCUCUGCAUGAGGACGGGGCCCUGCUGUGUGAGGAAGCUCUGCAUGAGGACAGGGCCUGCUGUGUGAGGAAGCUCUGCAUGAGGACGGGCCCUGCUGUGUGAGGAAGCUCUGCAUGAGGACGGGUCCUGCCGUGUGAGGAAGCUCUGCAUGAGGACAGGGCCCUGCUGUGUGAGGAAGCUCUGCAUGAGGACGGGGCCUGCUGUGUGAGGAAGCUCUGCAUGAGGACGGGGGCCCUGCUGUGUGAGGAAGCUCUGCAUGAGGACGGGGUCCCUGCCGUGAGAGGAAGCUCUGCAUGAGGACGGGGCCUGCUGUGUGAGGAAGCUCUGCAUGAGGACGGGGCCCUGCUGUGUGAGGAAGCUCUGCAUGAGGACAGGGCCUGCUGUGUGAGGAAGCUCUGCAUGAGGACGGGCCCUGCUGUGUGAGGAAGCUCUGCAUGAGGACGGGGCCCUGCUGUGUGAGGAAGCUCUGCAUGAGGACGGGGCCUGCUGUGUGAGGAAGCUCUGCAUGAGGACGGGGUCCCUGCCGUGAGAGGAAGCUCUGCAUGAGGACGGGGCCUGCUGUGUGAGGAAGCUCUGCAUGAGGACGGGCCCUGCUGUGUGAGGAAGCUCUGCAUGAGGACAGGGCCUGCUGUAUGAGGAAGCUCUGCAUGAGGACGGGCCCUGCUGUGUGAGGAAGCUCUGCAUGAGGACGGGCCCUGCUGUGUGAGGAAGCUCUGCAUGAGGACGGGGCCCUGCUGUGUGAGGAAGCUCUGCAUGAGGACGGGUCCUGCCGUGUGAGGAAGCUCUGCAUGAGGACAGGGCCCUGCUGUGUGAGGAAGCUCUGCAUGAGGAUGGGCCCUGCUGUGUGAGGAAGCUCUGCAUGAGGACGGGGUCCCUGCCGUGAGAGGAAGCUCUGCAUGAGGACGGGCCCUGCUGUGUGAGGAAGCUCUGCAUGAGGACGGGCCCUGCUGUGUGAGGAAGCUCUGCAUGAGGACAGGGCCUGCCGUGUGAGGAAGCUCUGCAUGAGGACGGGCCCUGCUGUGUGAGGAAGCUCUGCAUGAGGACGGGCCCUGCCGUGUGAGGAAGCUCUGCAUGAGGACGGGUCCUGCUGUGUGAGGAAGCUCUGCAUGAGGACGGGGCCCUGCUGUGUGAGGAAGCUCUGCAUGAGGACGGGCCCUGCUGUGUGAGGAAGGACGGGGCCCUGCUGUGUGAGGAAGCUCUGCAUGAGGACGGGGUCCUGCCGUGUGAGGAAGCUCUGCAUGAGGACGGGCCCUGCCGUGUGAGGAAGGACGGGGUCCUGCCGUGUGAGGAAGCUCUGCAUGAGGACGGGCCCUGCCGUGUGAGGAAGGACGGGGUCCUGCCGUGUGAGGAAGCUCUGCAUGAGGAUGGGCCCUGCAGCUGGGAGCUGGGCUUCCUCAUAAAGGCGGCUCUUUCUUCCUGGAGGCACUGUGUGAGUAUCUCACUUUGGCAGAGGACAGAGUACGGAGCUCUGGAUGAGAAAAAGGCGACCAAAAGGAGAGUGAAGGCCUGUUGCCAGGGGGCCAGAGGCCUUCUUCAUAAAUAAAAGCAGGUGAAAUGAGCGGUGUCCACAUUUCAACCUCUGGGAGCAGCCAAAAUGAUGCGUUUGGUUCCUUUGUUCCUGGUGUGUGUUUCUUCGUUGCCUGCCUUUCAAGCCACAGAGCUUACAAAAUGUGAGGUGACCCACGCCAUUAAAGACAUGGAUGGCUAUCAAGGCAUCAGUUUGCUUGAAUGGGCCUGUGUUUUAUUUCAUACCAGUGGCUACGACGCACAAGCUAUUGUCAAAAAUAAUGGCGGCACAGAGUAUGGACUCUUCCAGAUCAGUAACAAAUUUUGGUGCAAGAGUAGCGAGUUCCCGGAGUCGGAGAACAUCUGCGGCAUCUCCUGUGAGAAGUUCCUGGAUGAUGACUUUGCAGAUGACAUAGCCUGUGCCAAGAAGAUCCUGGCUAUCAAAGGAAUCGACUACUGGAAAGCCUACAAGCCCAUGUGCUCUGAGAAGCUCGAACAGUGGCGCUGUGAGAAGCCCUGAGCUCCGGUCCUUGCCGCUCCUGCCCCGUGGUCAGGAACACCUCUUCCCUAAGAUACCUCAGCUUGGCUCUUUCUGUCCCCGCGAAGAUGAUCUGUCCGUCCCUGAGCCUUGUACCCUGUAGUGACACCACUGGACUCCAGAGGACGUUUUUUCGAUGGGAGUGUGAUGGGAGCACUGGACUGCAACCCCUUGCUUAGUGACAGCAAGGGUCUUGAUGGAGGUUUCAUGAAAGCAAGAGAGCCCUCUCCUGUCCCAAAUAAAGGGCCCAACUUGA